GCGGGACCUGGGAGGGAAACGAGAAGCCGCAUCAACCAUGUAAGCACUGCUUCCUGCCGCCGUCGCCGGUUGCUGCCGAGGGCCCCUGCACCGCUUUGGUGGUGCCUUACUGUCCCCUCCCCAAGCCUUAACUAGAGAGAUUGGGGAGGUGGUCGCGGUCUGAGGGGCGCGGGAGAGAGAAGGAGCAGACACAUGAAAUGGCCACAGAUGACAAGACAUCGCCAACAUUGGACUCUUCUAAUGAUCUGCCUCGGUCUCCUACCAGUCCCUCUCAUCUCACACACUUCAAGCCUUUGACUCCAGAUCAAGAUGAACCUCCUUUUAAAUCAGCCUAUAGCUCUUUUGUAAAUCUUUUUCGAUUCAGUAAAGAGAGACCAGAAGGUGGACAGGGAGAUCAGCAGUCUCUGGGUGGAAGUUGGGCUAGUCCUCAACAUUCUUCAAGAACACAAUCUGUGAGAUCUCCCGUAGCCUAUAAAAAGCAGCUAAAUGAGGAUUUACAUCGUCGAUCAUCUACUAUCUUAGACACUAGAAGGAAAGCAGAAGCUGUUGUGGGAGGCCAUGAUCCUCGAACAGCUGUCCAGCUUCGAAGUCUCAGCACAGUAUUGAAGCGUCUUAAGGAAAUCAUGGAGGGGAAAAGCCAGGAUAGUGACCUGAAGCAGUACUGGAUGCCCGAUAGUCAAUGUAAAGAAUGUUAUGACUGUAGUGAGAAGUUUACUACCUUUAGGCGUAGACACCAUUGCCGGCUAUGUGGUCAAAUCUUCUGUAGUCGAUGCUGUAAUCAAGAAAUCCCUGGAAAAUUUAUGGGCUAUACAGGGGAUCUUCGAGCUUGCACUUAUUGUCGAAAAAUAGCUUUAAGUUAUGCUCAUUCAACAGAUAGUAAUUCCAUUGGGGAAGAUUUGAAUGCUCUCUCAGAUUCUGCUUCUUCUGUUUCUAUACUUGAUCCCAUUGAACCACGAACACCUGUUGGUAGUCGAAAAGCGAGCCGCAAUAUAUUUCUAGAGGAGGAUUUAGCCUGGCAAAGUUUGAUUCAUCCAGACUCCUCAAGUACUACUCUCUCAACAAGACUUGUGUCUGUUCAAGAAGAUGCUGGAAAAUCUCCUGCUCGAAAUAGAUCAGCCAGUAUUACUAACCUGUCAUUGGAUCGGUCCGGUUCUCCCAUGGUUCCCUCCUAUGAGACAUCUGUCAGUCCCCAGGCUAACCGAACAUAUGUGAAAACAGAGACCAGUGAUGAUGAGCGCAAAAUUCUUCUGGACUCUGUUCAGUUAAAGGACUUGUGGAAGAAAAUCUGCCAUCAUAGUACUGGAAUGGAGUUUCAAGAUCACCGCUAUUGGCUGAGAACUCACCCCAACUGUAUUGUAGGAAAGGAAUUGGUCAAUUGGUUAAUUCGAAAUGGACAUGUAACCACAAGAGCUCAGGCCAUAGCAAUUGGACAAGCAAUGGUUGAUGGACGUUGGCUAGACUGUGUCAGUCACCAUGAUCAGAUCUUCAGAGAUGAAUAUGCCUUAUAUAGACCACUACAGAGCACAGACUUUUCCGAGACACCUUCUCCAGACAGCGAUUCAGUAAACUCUGUUGAGGGACACUCUGAACCAUCGUGGUUUAAAGAUAUCAAGUUUGAUGACAGUGACACGGAACAGAUUGCUGAAGAAGGGGAAGAGAACUUAGCUAAUUCUGCCAGUCCUAGCAAGCGUACAUCAGUCAGCAGCUUCCAGUCCACAAUGGACAGUGACUCAGCCGCUUCUAUCAGCCUGAACGUGGAGCUGGACAACGUGAACUUCCAUAUCAAGAAGCCCUCCAAGUACCCACAUGUGCCCCCUCACCCUGCUGACCAAAAAGAGUAUUUGAUUUCUGACAAUGGAGGACAACAAAUCUCAAUAAGUGACGCCUUCAUUAAAGAGUCCCUGUUCAACCGGCGAGUAGAAGAGAAAUCCAAAGAGGUGCUUUUUACACCUUUAGGUUGGCAUCAUAGCAAUCUGGAGCUUCUGAGGGAGGAAAAUGGGGAGAAACAAGCUAUGGAGAGAUUACUUUCAGCUAAUCAUAACCACAUGAUGGCACUACUUCAACAAUUACUCUAUAAUGACUCAUUAUCACCAUCCUGGAGAGAUAUCAUUGUGCCAGUGGUCUGCCAAGUGGUUCAGACUGUUCGACCUGAUGUCAAAAAUAGGGAUGAUGACAUGGAUAUCCGUCAGUUUGUCCACAUCAAAAAAAUUCCAGGUGGAAAGAAGUUUGAUUCUAUGGUUGUCAAUGGCUUUGUGUGUACCAAGAAUAUUGCACAUAAAAAGAUGAAUUCUUCUAUUAAAAAUCCUAAAAUCCUUUUAUUGAAGUGUUCCAUUGAAUAUCUCUAUAGAGAAGAAACCAAAUUUACAUGCAUCGACCCAAUUGUUCUUCAGGAAAGAGAAUUCUUGAAGAAUUAUGUACAGCGGAUAGUCGAUGUUCGGCCUACUUUGGUUCUGGUUGAAAAAACUGUGUCUCGAAUUGCCCAAGAUAUGUUGCUGGAACAUGGUAUUACUUUAGUUAUUAAUGUAAAACCGCAAGUUUUAGAUCGAAUAAGUCGGAUGACCCAAGGUGACCUAGUGAUGUCAAUGGAUCAGUUGCUCACAAAGCCACACUUAGGAACUUGUCAUAAAUUUUACAUGCAGAUAUUUCAGCUCCCUAAUGAUCAAUCAAAAACACUAAUGUUCUUUGAAGGCUGUCCACAGCACCUGGGCUGUACCAUCAAAUUGAGAGGUGGCUCUGAUUAUGAGCUAGCAAGAGUGAAGGAAAUCCUUAUAUUCAUGAUCUGUGUGGCUUACCAUUCACAACUGGAAAUCUCUUUCCUUAUGGAUGAAUUUGCCAUGCCUCCAACCUUAACAAAAAAUAGUUCAUUGCAUUCUCUAAUUGAAGAUCAGGCAAAUGAUGGUGGUCAGCAGGACCAAUUUAGUGGGAGCCCCCUUUCUAGGGAGGCUGACUUUCUUCCUGACAAAUUGCCCAUAAUAUCUGAGUCUUUAUCUUCUGAUGAUAGUAAUCAGUUGGAAUCAAGGACCCUGUUUGAGAAGGACAGUGAAAGUGUUCCACAGGACAGUGCCUCUUUGAAACAUCAGGAGCAUUUCACAACACCUGGACCAUCAGUGAUACCUCCUUUUUUUCCAUCAGUACCAGAAGCAUUGUUGCCUAUUCACAUUGAAGAGCAAGAUGAUGCUUUUGAUAAUGAAUCGGAGGCCGUAUCUCAAAGAGAUAAGAUACAGGAGCCCAAAAAUCAGAUGAGAGUCUUCAGAGACCCUCUCCAGGAUGACACAGGAUUUUAUGUUGCGGAAGAAGUGACAUCUUCUGAAGAUAGGCUCAAGACUUAUUCUUUAGCCUUCAAGCAAGAACUUAAAGAUGUUAUCCUUUGUAUCUCUCCAGUAAUCACAUUCCGGGAACCCUUCCUCCUAACUGAAAAAGGCAUGAAGUGCCCUACACGGGACUAUUUCCCAGAGCAAGUUUAUUUGUCUCCUUUACUCAACAAAGAAUUAAAGGAGCUAGAGAGCAGAAGAAAGAAACAACUUUUAAGAGAUCUUUCUGGACUUCAGGGUAUGAAUGGAAGUGUUCAAGCAAAGCCUAUCCAAGUAUUACCAUCCCAUGAGUUGGUGAGCACCAGAAUUACUGAACAUUUGGGUGAGAGUCAGAGCUUGGGUAGAAUGUUGGCAGAUUACCGGGCAAGAGGAGGACGGAUACAGCAGAAAAAUGCAGACCCUUUCGUUCAGUCAAAGGAUGCAUCAGAUAAUUCUGGUGGACGAUCUGGAAGCAAAACUGAAGGAGAUGAAGAUAGAGUUCCAAGUCAUAGCGAUGCAAUAUGGUCCACAAAGGUGGACUGUCUGAGUGCUGUCAACCACCAAAGGCUUUGUGUGCUUUUUAGUAGUUCCUCUGCCCAGUCCAGCAAUGCUCCUAGUGCAUGUGUUAGUCCUUGGAUUGUGACCAUGGAAUUUUAUGGGAAGAAUGAUCUCACUUUAGGAAUAUUUUUAGAAAGGUAUUGUUUCAGGCCUUCUUACCAUUGUCCCAGCAUGUUUUGUGAUACUCCUAUGGUACAUCAUAUUCGUCGAUUUGUGCAUGGGCAAGGUUGUGUCCAGAUUAUACUUAAAGAAUUGGAUUCUCCAGUGCCUGGAUAUCAACACACAAUUCUUACCUAUUCCUGGUGUAGAAUCUGCAAACAGGUAACACCAGUUGUUGCUCUUUCCAAUGAUUCCUGGUCAAUGUCAUUUGCAAAAUACCUUGAGCUUAGAUUUUAUGGACAUCAGUAUACUCGGAGAGCUAAUGUUGAACCAUGUGGUCACUCUAUUCACCAUGAUUAUCAUCAGUAUUUCUCCUAUAAUCAAAUGGUGGCUUCCUUCAGUUAUUCUCCCAUCCGGCUUCUUGAAGUAUGUGUUCCAUUUCCCAAAAUAUAUAUCAAACGUCAGGCCCCCUUAAAACUGUCCAUUCUUCAGGAUCUUAAGGACUUCUUUCAGAAAGUAUCACAGGUAUAUCUUGCUGUUGAUGAACGACUUGCCUCCUUGAAAACUGACACGUUUAGCAAAACAAGAGAGGAAAAGAUGGAAGACAUCUUUGCACAAAAAGAGAUGGAGGAAGGUGAGUUCAAGAACUGGAUUGAAAAAAUGCAAGCAAGACUGAUGACCUCCUCAAUAGAAACCCCCCAACAGCUACAGUCAGUCUUUGAGUCUCUAAUUGCUAAGAAACAAAGUCUUUGUGAAAUGUUACAAGCCUGGAAUAACAGAUUACAGGAUCUUUUCCAACAGGAAAAAGGUAGGAAACGGCCCUCUGUUCCUCCAAGCCCUGGAAGAAUGAGACAAGGAGAAGAUAGUAAGAUAAGUGCAAUGGAUGCAUCUCCACGCAAUGUUUCUCCUGGACUUCAGAAUGGAGAAAAAGAGGAUCGAUUCUUAACAACCUUAUCAAGUCAGAGUUCCACGAAUUCCACGCAUCUCCAAUUGCCUACUCCUCCUGAAGUCCUGUCUGAGCAAUUGAUGGGAGGGUCUUCUGAAGCAGAUACAAUUAGUAAUUCAGAAGAUGUAUUUGAUGGACAUUUAUUGGGAUCUACAGACAGCCAAGUAAAAGAAAAAUCAACAAUGAAGGCUAUCUUUGCAAAUUUGCUUCCAGGAAAUAGUUAUAAUCCUAUCCCUUUUCCUUUUGACCCAGAUAAACAUUAUUUAAUGUAUGAGCAUGAACGUGUCCCGAUUGCAGUCUGUGAGAAGGAACCCAGUUCCAUUAUUGCUUUUGCUCUCAGUUGUAAGGAGUACAAAAAUGCCUUAGAUGAAUUAUCCAAAGUGUCUCUGCGAAAUACUACUGAGGAGGUGCUACAAGCAAGCAGUACUUUGGACAGCAGACCCAAGAGUAGCAGUCCUGUCAGAUUACCAGAGAUUGCAGGGGGAUCAACAAGUCGACCAGUGGAAGCCGAACCUCAUCCAGCCAAAAAGGCUUCGGGAGUGUUGUCUUUCUUCCGUGGUACAGGAGGGAAAAGCCCUGAUCUGUCUUCCCAAAAGAAGGAGACUUUACGCGGAGCAGAUAGUGCCUACUACCAGGUUGGGCAGAUGGGUAAAGAAGGGGCAGAAAACCAAGGAAUGGAACCUCAAGAUGAAAUAGAUGGAGGAGAAACCCAAAAAAAGCAACUUGCAAAUCCUCAUGUGGAGCUUCAGUUUUCUGAUGCUAAUGCCAAAUUUUACUGCCGACUCUAUUAUGCUGGAGAAUUUCAUAAGAUGCGGGAAGUAAUCUUGGGGAGCAGUGAAGAGGAUUUUAUCCGUUCCCUUUCUCACUCUUUGCCCUGGCAAGCCAGGGGUGGAAAGUCAGGAGCUGCAUUUUAUGUGACUGAAGAUGACAGAUUCAUUUUGAAGCAGAUGCCCCGCCUGGAGGUCCAGUCUUUCCUUGACUUUGCGCCACACUACUUCACUUAUAUUACUAAUGCUGUACAACAGAAGAGACCCACAGCACUGGCCAAAAUUCUUGGGGUUUACCGAAUUGGUUAUAAGAACUCUCAGAAUAAUACUGAGAAGAAGCUAGAUCUCUUGGUCAUGGAAAAUCUCUUCUAUGGAAGAAAGAUGGCACAGGUUUUUGAUUUGAAGGGCUCUCUUAGGAAUCGUAAUGUGAAAACAGACACUGGGAAAGAAAGCUGUGAUGUUGUUCUACUAGAUGAAAAUCUCUUAAAGAUGGUUCGAGAUAACCCUUUAUACAUCCGGUCUCAUUGCAAAGCUGUGCUGAGAGCCUCUAUUCACAGUGACUCCCAUUUUCUAUCUAGUCACCUCAUUAUAGACUAUUCUUUACUGGUGGGACGAGAUGAUACAAGUAAUGAACUGGUAGUUGGAAUUAUUGAUUACAUUAGAACAUUUACAUGGGACAAAAAGCUUGAAAUGGUAGUGAAAUCAUCGGGAAUUUUAGGAGGCCAAGGUAAGAUGCCAACAGUAGUCUCUCCAGAAUUGUAUAGGACUAGAUUUUGUGAAGCAAUGGAUAAGUAUUUCCUAAUGGUGCCUGACCACUGGACAGGACUGGGUCUCAAUUGCUGAGAUGAAAUCCAUGUUUUGAAGCGAACUAGAAAAAAUAGGAACAGAAGAAGAGGACCAAAAAGAAACUCCAGGCUUUUCCUGUCCUUCACAUUCACCACUAUAUGCAAAAGGCCUCUUAUUUCAAUACUUGUAGAGGCCAAAUGUACCUGAAAUGUAAAAUCUGCAUCUUAAUUUGCACUUUUUUUUUUCUGAUGCAAAGUGAAUUAGCUGUACACUAUCAGAAAAAUUGAUUGAUACAACCUCUCUUCCUCAUUUAAAUUGAAGGACAGAGAUAUAUCAAAGGGCUAAAGGUAAAAUGUACAGUUAAAGGCCAGUAAAUAAGAGGAUGGGGCUUAUGAAACAUAAUUAUUGCCUAGCUUAAGAACCGAAUGGUGACCAACAUAUUGUGCUGUCCUUAUCUUUUUAAACAUUUUUGGUGAGUUAUUUUGCAUUUUUGGUAUACAUCCUAAUAUCCAUUAUCCUCAGAAUUUUAAAAUAGGUAAAUAUUUGCCUAGUAGUUGAGUUUUUUUUUUUUUUUUAAUGCAGUAUUCCAUGAAUGGCCAGUCAAAUAGGUCAAUAUAAUGUAUUACCAUAGCAAAAAGAUUUGACAGAAGGUGGUUUCUAUUUUUUCUGUAAAAAUUGUAGCACUUGUAAAAGUAACUUUUCCUUACUGAAGUAUUUAUGAUGGUUUACAGAAUCAGUCCUCAGGCUUUUAUAAGUGCUGCCAUUAUGAGCAUUUUAGCUGAUUUGAUGACUACAACAAUCACCAUAAAACAUUUUGCAGCACUAACUUUUUUUUUAUAAAGAUUUUAUGCAAUUUAAUGUAUUUUAACUAUACUAUACCUCAUUUCUAUGCCCCUCACUAUUUCAUCUUUUCCUUCUAACAUGUUCAAAAAAGUCAAUCAAGUCGAGCAAUGCUAAACAAAUCUCUGAUCACUUAUUAAAUUUUGAAUGGAGUGUUCUUACUUUAGCCUCCCCAAAAGCAACCUGAUUUCAGCAAGUGAAGAAGAACUCCAGUGUUUGUUUUAGGAAGGUUAAUCAAUUUAAAUUUCUUCCAAUGCAAAGCAAUUCAUGUUGAAUCUGUGGGAUUUCAGAAUUUCUAGUGUUUUAAAGUGAAUCUGCAUCCUUCACCUAACCCUAUUUUCUAUCUUCUUCCUGCUAGUACUCUAAGAAGUUGGAUAAAAUAUUACCUCUCAGGUAUAUAUAAUUCCAUUUCAUGGUUCUUUUUUGCUAAUUGUUUAGUGAACUUAAAAGAAUAAAAGCAAGGAAUACUAGAUUUUUUCCUUAGGAAAUAAAUAUUUGGAUAUCUUAAAGAAUACUUUAAAAAUACUUCUUUGAAAUCAGAUUAUUGCCCCUGGAUUUUUUCCUUCAUUAUGAGUGGUUGAGCCAUGAUUAUUUCAAGUAGCUACAUUUCCCUAUAUUUAUUCAGCAUAUGUCUUCAUGUAAAAAAAAAAAUAUUGGAUAUUUUAAAAUUACAUAUAGUUCAGAUAUCUGGAUACCUGAAAUAACAAUUCUUUUGAAAGUUUGUUUUGGAAAAUCAAAGCACUAAUCAAUUAGUAUUUACUAGAACUUGUUUGCUACAAUAGGGAUUUAUGAAUUGCUGUAAUAUGAAGAUAAGCACUUACUUUUUCUUUAAAAAAAAUUGUGUUCCCUUUUGUAGAUGUAAAAAAUAGUGGUUUAAGUUUUGAUAUUUUACUAAAAAUGAAGAAUCUGUACAAAGAUGAGAAGUGUGGGCAUCUUAAAUAUAUAACAAAACAAGUAGUAAAACUGUGCUUUAUUGGUUCUUAUAAAAUGGGUAACAGAAUCCAUCUACUUUUCUGUGACACCAUUAGACAUAGUGUUCUUUAUUUUUUAAAAUGGAUAGAAAGGGUAAGUCCAGAUUAAAAUUCCCCCAGUAAAUUUGGCCCAGUUUCUUGAUUCCUAAAUAUAGCUUGAGACUGAAUUGCUAUUUCAAUGCCUUAGUGAAUUUCAGAUAUUAUAUUGCCAUAUUCUAGAUUGUAGAGAAUGGUAGUGAAGAGAUUUGGAAGAUAGCUUUUAUAGUCUUUUGUCAAAUUAUCAUGUUUAGUCAUUUUCCUCUUCUGUAAGACUCACUUUUUAAUGGGAAGGAAAAACCCAACUAAAUUAAGGCAUUCAUAUAUUCAGUAUUUAUUUAGAAUAUUGAUGUACAUGUUAAUUUCAAUAAUUCAUUUCAACAAACGUUUUUACCUGUUAACAUGCUCAGGAAAGACAGGUUUUGAAUGCAAAAUAAAGCUUUGACUUGCUACUUAUAUUUCUUGUUCAGCUAUAUGAGGAUUAUAUGAUCAGACUAUGUUUUCCUACUUUAGAAUGCUUUAAUUUUUUCCCCCUACAAUCAAAAAUGGUCUUUUUUUUUCAGUAUCAUAUGCAGCAGCUAUAGUACUCUAUGGAUAUGGUUGAUGAUGCCUUUUUUUUUUUUUUUUUUUUGUACUAAACAAAAACAUAUGAAUGCCAUUUUUAAAGCAUCACGGUCUAGUAAAAUUCAAUAGAAGCUUAUACUACCAUGUUUUUAUUUUAUUUUUCAAGCUAAAUCUUGAAACAACAGAAACAGUUGCCUUCAAGCAAUGACCUUUAUUUUUAAAACUAGCUUUGAAGUUGAGAGUAAGAAACAUAAGAUAACUUUAAUUAAGUCACAGAACAAAUUUGCCUCAAUUAAAAUCUAAACCUUUUUCUUUAAAUAAAGCUUAGGGAGUUUUUGUUACUGUUUUUUCCAUCUGUAACCAGUUUUUCAGAUAUAGUAAUAACUGGAAAAUGAAUAUCUAAAAAUGACUGAACUCUUUUCUGUCCUUCCCUGUCAUUGACUUGAAAGUAUUAAUAUUUAAAAGUUAGGGUCCAGGAAGAAAUUUUCAUGUUUUUGUUCUUAGGAUAAAAACUUUAUGAAAAAUGAAUAUAUAGUUGAUGAGUGAAAGUAAACUGUUACUUUACAGUAGUUUUUAAACAACUUUAUCAAAAUGCAUAGUUUUUACUGGCAUCAAAGAUCGAAAAAAAGUUUGCCAAGCAAUAUCUAAGGGUAAAGAUAAUAAAUGGUACCAUCAUUUGAGUGAAUAAGAAAUUUCUUCAGCACUUUUGGACAUUUAAAUACUUUGAACUUAUUAAUCCAAACAAUUACCAUUACAAAAAAGAGUCUAUUAAUUAUGCCCUUGAAACAGAUAUAGAUUUUUUAAAUUACUUUUAAUACUGUGGGUAGCUGAGCUACAUUAAUUUUUGUUGUUUCAGUCAAAAUCUUCCCUUUAGCCAUUUAAAACUGACUUGGUUAAAAUUGAUUAGGAAGGAAAGAUGUCCAUACUGUUUUUAGAGCCUGAUGAAGGAGCCAAAGAGAGAACUGAAAAAAAAAAAAAAUUAUGUGAUCCUGACUGGGGCAACAGAUCUGGUCAUGAGGCCUGUCGGUUGUUGACAGAGCUAACGUGGAUUAGGCAUUAUUGUCGAGUGCAAUGUCUUUUUUUCUUUUAAGAAGGGUGCAUUGUAUUAUAGGAAAAUCAAUUACAAUCAUGGGCAGUGUUUUGCAAAUCACUGCUUUUAUCAUUUUUGUAAGAUGAAUUUUUGACAAAGUUAAUUUUAACUAGGAAAAUUGUGUUGUAUAUCACAAUAACUUUUAAUUAAAGGAGAUCCAGCUAACUGUUGAAAGCACUUGAUGUAUUAUAAUUGUAUAUAUUUCUAUUCUAUCUUGGUUCUAGCUGUUUUAUAUGAUUGACAUGCUAACUAUUUAAGUGAUAUUUCCCAUGACUUUGGAAAAUUGUACUGUAUAUAAAUAAGAGUUACAAUAAAUUAAGAUUUUAUUUCA